UCUCUCACCCAUCACACAAUCCUCAAAACAGAGUAACCCAAAAAACAGAGCAAUCUCUAAAAAAAGUCUCAAGAAACCUCACUAAAAUGGGUUCAACGGCGGAGACACAAUUAACUCCGGUGCAAGUCACCGACGACGAAGCUGCCCUCUUCGCCAUGCAACUAGCCAGUGCUUCCGUUCUUCCGAUGGCUUUAAAAUCUGCUUUAGAGCUAGACCUUCUUGAGAUCAUGGCCAAGAACGGUUCUCCCAUGUCUCCGACCGAGAUCGCUUCUCAUCUUCCGACCAAAAACCCUGAAGCUCCGGUUAUGCUCGACCGUAUCCUCCGUCUUCUUACGUCUUACUCCGUUCUCACCUGCUCCAACCGUAAACUUUCCGGUGACGGCGUUGAACGGAUUUACGGGCUUGGUCCGGUUUGCAAGUAUUUGACCAAAAACGAAGAUGGUGUUUCGAUUGCUGCUCUUUGUCUUAUGAACCAAGACAAGGUUCUCAUGGAAAGCUGGUACCAUUUGAAGGAUGCAAUUCUUGAUGGUGGGAUUCCAUUCAACAAGGCUUAUGGAAUGAGCGCAUUCGAGUACCACGGGACUGACCCUAGAUUCAACAAGGUCUUCAACAAUGGAAUGUCUAACCAUUCCACAAUCACCAUGAAGAAGAUUCUUGAGACCUACAAGGGUUUCGAGGGCUUAACUUCAUUGGUUGAUGUUGGUGGUGGCAUUGGUGCUACUCUUAAAAUGAUCGUCUCCAAGUACCCUAACCUUAAAGGCAUCAACUUUGAUCUCCCACAUGUCAUCGAAGAUGCUCCUUCUCAUCCCGGUAUUGAGCAUGUUGGAGGAGAUAUGUUCGUAAGUGUCCCUAAAGGUGAUGCCAUAUUCAUGAAGUGGAUAUGUCAUGACUGGAGCGACGAACAUUGCGUGAAAUUCUUGAAGAACUGCUACGAGGCGCUUCCAGAGGAUGGAAAAGUGAUAUUAGCAGAAUGUAUCCUUCCAGAGACACCAGACUCAAGUCUCUCAACUAAACAAGUAGUCCAUGUCGAUUGCAUUAUGUUGGCUCACAAUCCCGGAGGCAAAGAACGAACUGAGAAAGAGUUUGAGGCAUUAGCCAAAGCAUCAGGCUUCAAGGGCAUCAAAGUUGUCUGCGACGCUUUUGGUGUUAACAUUAUUGAGUUGCUCAAGAAGCUCUAAAAGUCCAAAAAAAUGUCCCUUUAAAGUUGAUUUAUAUGUAAAACAUUAUGUCAUAUCAACAUCCACGGCUAUAUCAUCACCUUUGGUUUAAAACUAUGCUGUUUAAUAAUGGAUUUUAUAAGAAUUUGAUUUAGAGUUUGUUUUUUUCGAUUUGCUUAUUGAUGAUGUAUCGUACUCGUAUUUUUGUUUGUUUGUAACAAAAUUAUGUAAUUAAA